GUGCGUGGGGUAUCGAGAGAUGCUGGCGGUCAGGUGACCAAGAUCUCGCAUAUUUCAGUUGAAAGCGUCAGUUACGGAGAGCGCAGCGUAAUCAUUGCGGUGAUGGCGAACAAGACUUUAUUUCUGGCCGCGCUUGUGGUCGUGUCCUGCGUGGACGCGUCUUGGCUCCCAUGGACUCCUCAGCUGCAAGUAAGAGACGAGGAAACUGUGGAGGUGCCCGGAAACGACUUCAACAUCCACCACUUCAACGCUAGCACCAUUUGCCUGCGACUGUCAACCGCUAUCUCCAUCCAGCUGCAGUACACGACCGCCGACAAUCAGGACGGAACUUUGCAGGUAGUAGUUCCUCGCCUUACAGAAGACAACCUGGAGGGUAGUUGUGGUCCAGAUGCCUUUAUCCAUGUGUCUUGGACUCCUGAAGCAACGACAGAAUCGCGGGCGACAACUCCUGCGGCAGAGGAACCUACCGCUCUGACAGUGGAAGAGACAUGGUGGUAUCAGGCCACAGCAUCCGACGUCAACAGCCUUCGUUUCGAGUUCGUGCAGCAGGACGACUUUUACUUCCUUGCAAACAUCAAAGGUGUCAUCAACAUCGUCGACGCUCCCGAGGACUUUCCAGCAGACAGCGCUGUAGUCGAGCUGUCUGUGAGUAACCAGACACUCUUCGAGGCACCGCUUGGAGUCGUGUCCAUGUGCUACGGAACAACAGUCCUUGAAGCGGACGUCGUCGGCAGUGUCACAGCCGCCAAUAUAACUAUGACUGAUGUCCAGCUGCUGGCCUACUACGAGGACUCAUUUUGGCCUAAUACAGUGACAUCGUGCAAUCCAUCGUCUGCAGCGCCAAAACUGGGCAGCGCGGUGUCUUUCGCCCUGGGUAUGGUGGGGGCUCUGUUGGUCAACGCCCUACUGUGCUGACCUCCCACAGAAGAAGAUGAGGCAGUCAGGCAGCGUAACUUUCAACGUGAUUUCAGGGCUAUAUGAUCCAAUACCAAAUCCAUCCGACCAUACUGAGGCUACAUUUUCACAUGAACUGACUCUACAAAAUUUUGACAGCUAACGACUGUUUAGCUCUAAUUUAUAAUGUUCAUCUAAAUUUAGAGUCAGAAAAUACAAUAAGCAAUGACACAAUGUCAUGGACAAAGGUACAAGGGCUACUCCGAAAGUAAGGUCCGAUCGGUCGGGAAAUGGAACCCACUUCCGUCGCUGUUCUGACUUAUACAUCCGUCAUAGCAUUGUACCGACUUCCCAAUACUCUCGUCAUAGGACGCAACUCCCUGUGAUUUCCGCCACGUCUCUAUGCUGGUCUGCAUUUUGUAGUAUGUGCCAAAAUGUUGUUUUCAUAGCCAGAGGUUGAUGUCAGCAGAGAUGAACAUCAGAGGGAGCAGAGUCUAGGCUGUAUGGUGAGUGAUCAAGAAGGAAAUGCAUGACAGGUAUGUUAUGAGGGGUUGCACUAAAUCAGUCCACCCACACUUGGUGGAAGACACUACUGUUCUAGGUAUCUGUAAGUCCUCACUCUGAAAAGAGCGACGUGACGUGGUUGACAGGCAUACUAAAGAUAUUGCCGAACAUAUCUAUGUGAAGCUUCAUCACUGUUGUUUCAAUUUCACGACCUAUCGGACCUUACUUUCCGAAUAGGCCUUAUAUCAAGAGGUGACCCAGUUGAACCAUCACAGAUAUUAUUAUUUUGGUUUUGUGUAGAGUAAGUAUAUUGUACUAUGAUAAAAAGCAUUAUUCUUCUGUUUCCACUGUGAUAAAGUACUUGUAAAUGUUUGUUGUUCGUGAAAUUCGUGUAUAUUCGUUGUAUAUUAUCCCCCAAAAGUAAAAUGUGGUACAUUUAUAGAUGUUUAAGAAAUAUAAAGUAAUGUUUAACUUU